AUGGAUGAGACGGCUAAACCAGUAAGUGAAGAAUUGGAUGAUUUAUUCGUAGGUAGUGGCAAUACCAAAUCCAGGUUUUCCAUUCCUAUACUACGUCGCUACGUUUCACAUAUUGAAGUCGUAAUAUUCCUAGUAUUUCUCGGCUACGGAAUAGGCAACGAAUUGUCUACCUCUUAUCCAAUUUUUUACAAUACUUUAAAAAACUCACCAAAUGCUUCGAUAUUUACUGGUCGCAAUUCCAGCUAUUGCAUCCCCUAUGGCCUAUUACCUAAACCCAAUAUCACGAACAAACCGUCUUCGCAGCAUCAUGAGCUAUCACCAGUUGUUUGGAUCGCUAUUGUUAAUUCAGUAUACAUUCUUCCGUCUGCUUUCUUCUCCAUAAUUUACUCUGUUUGGUCUGAUCAGUACCGGAGUCGAAGGACCUUCUUAAUAAUGUCCAUGACCGGUAUUUUUAUACAAAUCAUCGGUUAUAUCAUUACUAUCGCAACAAUUUCGUCCCCAGCCGGCUUUAUCGUUGGUAAUGUGAUGUCUGGAAUAUUUGGCGGCUAUCCCACAUUCAUAUUUUGCUGCUACGCUUACGUGGUAGAUCUUAAUAGCCAAAGUUCUCGUACAUCUCGUUUCGUUUAUAUUCAGCUAGCUCAGCUACUCACUCAAGGCAUCGCUACAAUUGUAGGUGAGCAAUGGGCAAAAUACUACGGUUUUAUUCCUCCUCUCGCACUAUCUGCUGUAGUUGUAGCUUUAGCUAUCUUCUACGUUUGGUAUUUGUUGGAAGCGCCAAAUGUCAAAGCCAGCAUUUAUGACAUGAAACGGACAAGAGAAUACGCCGCCGAUAUUUCUAAAAAUAUCGCCUUUUUCUUUAAGACCAUCUUUAAAUCUCGUGAUAAUAAAGUGCAUUAUUGCUUGAUAUGGGUUAUUAUUUCAUUCGUAUUACUUUCCGUGAUUGGUUUUUUUGAAACGAUUAACCUCUAUCUAUCCGGUUAUCCGUAUUGCUGGUCUAUCGAUAAAGUAUUAAUAUAUGAUUGUGGACGAGAAAUAGCUAUGGGAGCAGGAGCAGUUAUUGGCUGGUUACUGUUUAAAGGCUGCUUUACUGAAUUGACAAUAGCUGGUAUUGGAAUUACGUUUAUGAUUAUGGAAACGAUCAUGAUAUCUGUGACGACCAGUAGCUCGGUACUAUUUGGAUCAAUUGGUGUUGGAGCAAUAGGAGGAGUUACCCUUCCUUGCUUGCUUAGCAUUUUAUCUAGGCUUGUUAGUGAAGACGAACAAGGAAUCCUGUUCUGUUUUGCUGGCCUUCUUCAAUUAAUCAUUGCUAUAAUUGGAUUGCCAACCUUCCUCGGAAUAUUUAUGGCAAGCCGUGUAGUAAACCCUGCGAUGGUUUUUAUCGUCAUGACUGCGAUACUCGUAGUCCCUAAAGUUAUCGUUUGGUAA